AUGGCGCCAAAAAGCAGUCAAUCUACGCAGCCAAACUCGUCGCAGAAGGCCACGCAGCCGACCAUCUCCAGCUUCUUCACAAAAAAACCGUCGCAGACGCCCAAGUCCACGCCGAAACCCGUUCCUAAGGCGCCUUCUCCACCUAUCAGCAACGACGCAAACCAAGAUGACGACAACGACGACGAAGAUGGCCUUCCGGUCUCGCAGUCUAUUCCCGUUCGUAAACGCGCAAUACACGAAGACGAUGCUCAGGAUACCGAUCGCUCCUCUCCCUCCAAGCGCGUUAGAUUCGAGAAAGGCGACUCGCCGCGACAGACGUCUGCAUUAAAGCUUCCAAAGAUCACUGAUAGGACCUCCAAGUUCCUGUUUUCCUCGUCACCUCCCGCACGGGAUGAGAGCCAUCAAAAUGACGACGAGGAUGCGGCGCUUUCGCAGAAGCAGAAGGAGAGGCUACACGAGAAGUUUGUCAAGAAGCUGGGUCGACCAGAUAGCUUUGCCGAAUUAAGGAGGCGCAACAAGAUUAUAGCUGAGGACAAUCCCAAUGCUAAUGGCGAGGAAGGCGACGGUGAGGAGGACGGGGAGGAGGAUGAGCCUCCCCAGAAGCCCACCAAGGGAAAGAAGAGCGUUGCGACGAAGAAGGCGAGCAAGCUGACACCCAUGGAGAUACAAUAUUUGGACAUUAAGCGGAAGCAUCUGGACACAAUCAUAGUCAUGGAGGUCGGUUACAAGUACAAAUUCUUUGGCGAGGACGCAAGAACUGCGUCGAAAGCGCUGGGUAUCGUCUGUAUACCAGGAAAGUUCAGAUAUGACGAGCACCCCUCAGAAGCACACCUCGACCGAUUCGCAUCUGCCAGUUUUCCUACACAUCGUCUGCAAGUCCACGUCAAACGUCUCAUACAAGCGAACCACAAGGUUGGUGUAGUGCGGCAGCUAGAGACAGCAGCGCUGAAAGCGGCUGGUACCAACAGAAACGCUCCAUUCGUACGGAAGCUCACCAAUCUCUACACUAAAGGCACCUAUGUGGACGAUGUCGAGGGUUUGGAGGCACCUACUGAGGGCUCAGGUGCUGGCGUACAGUCGACCGGAUAUCUGCUUUGCAUUACCGAGAGCAAUGCGAAAGGUUGGGGUACCGAUGAGAAAGUUCAGGUCGGGCUGGUGGCCGUCCAGCCUGCGACUGGCGACAUCAUCUACGAUGACUUCGAAGACGGCUUUAUGCGCAGCGAGAUUGAGACACGACUGCUCCACAUUGCACCCGCCGAGUUUCUUGUAGUCGGCCAUCUAUCCAAGGCUACAGAGAAGCUAAUACAACAUCUAUCAGCUAGUAAGACCAACGUUUUCGGAGACAGGUCGCGGGUUGAGAGAGUGGAAAAGCCGAAGACGAUGGCUGCACAAGCGUACAGUCACAUCUCGAACUUUUAUGCAGGCAAGAUGAAGUCUAGCCAGGAAGUUGACUCUGACAAGCAAGGUGCCAUCCUAGACAAGGUACAUCAAUUGUCAGAGCAUGUCACGAUAUGUCUCUCAGCGAUGAUCACAUAUCUUAGCGAGUACGGGCUGGAACAUGUUUUCGAUCUCACAAAGUACUUUCAACCUUUCAGCGCUAGAUCUUACAUGUUGCUGAACGGCAACACUCUAUCUAGUCUGGAGAUAUACCAGAACCAAACAGACUACACUUCGAAAGGCAGCUUGUUCUGGACCAUGAACCGGACAAAGACUCGCUUUGGGCAGCGGUUGCUGAGGAAGUGGGUCGGCCGGCCGCUGAUAGACAAGGAGAAAUUAGAAGAGCGCAUAGCAGCGGUGGAGGAGCUCAAGGAAGGCGACAACACCAUACCUGUCGACAAGCUGAAAUUCGUGCUUGGAAAGAUCAGAACUGAUCUCGAAAAGGUGCUCAUUCGCAUAUAUUACAAGAAGUGUACAAGGCCGGAACUGCUGGCAGCUUUGCAAAGUCUCCAGGAAAUAUCAAGCCAAUACCUGUCAGCGAAGACACCCGAGCAGAGCGGUUUCGCUUCCUCACUCCUAAGCGAAGCAGUCUCGAACGUACCGAAGAUAUACGAUGAUUUGAACAACUUUCUAGAGCGUAUCAACGCUCGAGCCGCAAAAGAUGACGACAAGUACUCGUUCUUCCGCGAAGAGCAUGAGGCGGAAGACAUCAACGACCUAAAGUUGAGCAUCGCCUCUGUAGAAGACGACCUCAACACACACCGAAAGGAUGCGGCUGCGAAGCUGGGGAAGAGCCAGGUAGUCUACGUCACGGUUGCUGGAAUUGAGUACUUAAUCGAGGUCAAGAGGAAGGCACCUGAGGAGAAGAAGGUACCUGCUUCGUGGCAGCAGAUCUCAGCCACCAAGACUACCUUGCGUUUCCACACCCCAGAAGUCAAGCGCAUGCUCCAAGAGCGAGACCAGUACAAGGAGUCACUUGCGGCAGCAUGCGAGAAAGCCUACAUUGGUCUGUUAGAAGAGAUAUCGUCCAAGUAUCAGCAGCUUCGAGAUUGCGUAGCUUCUCUAGCAACACUCGACGCACUCCUUUCUCUAGCUACCUUGGCGAACCAGCCUGGUUAUGUGAAGCCUACUUUCACAGACGACAUUGAGCUCAACAUCACUGGUGGUCGGCAUCCCAUGGUCGAGCAACUACUCCUCGACAACUACGUUCCCAACGACCUUUCCCUCUCACAUGACUCUACGCGCGCCCUCCUUAUAACAGGUCCCAAUAUGGGUGGCAAGUCCUCUUACGUGCGCUCUGCAGCUCUAAUCGCCAUCAUGGGCCAAAUCGGUUCCUACGUUCCAGCGGUCGAAGCGCGACUAGGCAUGUUAGACGCCGUCUUCACCCGUAUGGGUGCCUUUGACAACAUGCUCAAAGGCGAAUCAACCUUCAUGGUCGAGCUCAACGAAACCUCUGAUAUCCUCAAAUCCGCAACACCCCGUUCCCUUAUCAUCCUCGACGAGCUGGGUCGUGGUACAUCAACCUUUGACGGUGUCGCCAUUGCGGAAGCAGUGCUUGACUACGUUAUCCGGGACCUACAGUCGCUCACGCUGUUCAUCACGCAUUACCAGCAUUUGGCCAAACUCUCCAGUCGCUUCUCCAAUGGUGAGCUGAAAAACGUACACAUGCGCUUUGAAGAGCAGAAUGGCGGAAAGGAAGUCGUCUUCCUAUAUGAAGCUACAGAGGGUAUCAGUCAUCGAUCAUACGGCUUGAAUGUAGCGCGGUUGGCAAGGGUACCGGAGAAGGUCAUCGAUGUGGCCGGGGUCAAAAGUGCGGAGUUGGAAGAGAGUAUGGGGGCGUGUAAACUGGGGAACUUGUCGCGCAUGGUGAAGGGCUUGCUGACUGAUGAAUCGGAAGCAAGUCUCGACAAGCUUGUUGAGGGUAUUGAGCAACUGUAA